UCGCAUCCAUGGCAGAUUUCCACGCUUUCAUCCAAUCCUUGGACGAUAACAAAGCCAAGAACCAACCUGCCGGGUUCAUAAUUAGUCUCAAGGGCACAACGGAAAAGAUCGUGUUCAAUCCUGAUUUCAAAGAAGUCGAAACAGCUGUCAUAGACACAUUUGAUAUCAUGAUCAAGGCCAGUCACGAUAUCCCUCGAUUUGAACACAUCUUGGAGCCAGAAGACGAGGAGAGGGUGACUAAUCUGAGACCCACCAUUCUAGAGGCUAUUGUGGAUGAGAUGAAAGAAACGGUCCGGACCGUGAUCCAAAGCCAGAGCCGAUUUCCUAUUGAAUACAUCAAGGAGUACGAUAAAUUCAUCUAUCUCAUUGACGGGCGAGCGGAAACGGAAAUUGAAGAUUACAUACAAGAAAAACACGAGUUUGAGGAGUUUGCCGAGAAAGUCAAGUUUUGUGACAACCUCAGUCACACUUUGCUCACCACCCUUCCCAAGGAGAUCAACCUGGGCAUGUUCGAACUGCAUUGUGAGGACCUGAUCAUCAGUCUGAACCGCAAAACCACCAUUCUUCGUGAGCAUAUCUUGAAAAAGAUGUCGAGUGAUCAUCAGCAUGAAAACAAGCUUUUGUGCCAGGAAUUCGAGGCCAUUUCGAACACGGCAUUGUCCAGUCCCAAUAACACGGAGGAACUGGUCACUUUGAAAGAGAAAGUUCGACACAUCAGAACGGUCAUUAUGCUUGAGAAGGAAAAGGAGUUGAACAAGGCCGCCAAAAGGCUCGUCUUCCUUUCGGACUACCUUCAAUUCACGACGGCAGAGAUGAAACUGAACACUAAAACGUUCCAAUGGUUUGCCAAAAUGCCUAAGGUCUUCGAAGAGCACGAAUCCAUUGUGAAAGAAAAAACGGCGGAUUACCAAAAGGCUCUCAAACUGAGGCGAGAACGAUUUCUAGAAGAGCUGGAGGCUUCAAACAAUCAGGUGGAUGAUUUCUAUACCUAUGGCAAUGUGGACGAUCUGCCUAAAUACAUGAAAAAAGCCCAAACGCUGCAGACCAAACUGGACAUGUGUCAAGAGAAGAUUCAACAAUUCAACAUGGAAGAGGGAGCCUUUGAUUGGGAGAAAACCAACUAUCCCCUCUGGCAAGCCACUGUGGACAAGCUGAAACCGUUUCUAGGCCUCUAUGAGACCUCAAUGGCCUUCAUGAACAAACAAAAAAUCUGGUUCGAGAGCCCGAUGGGCACGCACGAUCCCAAGGACAUCGAGUCCGAGGUCAACAGUUCGUGGGAGUUGGUGUCCAAAUUGGAAAAUGAAUUCAGCGACAUCCCCGCGGCCCGAGAAUUGGUGAUUAAUGUUCGGGAAAAGAUUGAGGAGUUCAGGGGCAAAAUGCCCGUCAUCCGUACCCUAGGCAAUCCCGGUUUCAGAGAUCGUCAUUGGGAGAAUGUGUCGAAUACCGUUGGAUUUCCCGUCAAAGGCGGGUCCAACUUGUUUCAAAUCUUGGAUAUGGGGCUGGAUGAGUACGUGAGUAAGUUCGAAAAGAUCAGCGAGGCUGCCACCAAAGAAUUUAACUUGGAGAAAGCCAUGGAGCAAAUGGUGGAUGAUUGGUCCGACAUGGAGUUUAACAUUACUCCCUACGAUGACACCGGGACCUAUACUCUUUCGUCAAUGGAUGCCAUUCAGAUCCUGUUGGAUGACCAUAUAGUCAAGACACAGACUAUGCGCGGGUCGCCCUUCAUCAAACCGUUUGAGGAACAAAUAGGAAAAUGGGAAGUACAAUUACUCCUUCUCCAAGAGAUCAUGGAUGAAUGGCUCAAAGUUCAAGGAAUAUGGCUGUACUUGGAGCCGAUUUUUGGCUCGCCAGACAUCAUGGCUCAAAUGCCGGAAGAAGGCCGAAGAUUUACCACGGUAGACAAGAAUUGGAGAGACAUCAUGAAAGCAGCCAUAGUGGAUAAGCAUGUUUUGAAGGUCGUGGAGAUCGAUAGGAUUUUGGAGAAGCUGAAGAAAUCCAAUGAGCUCCUAGAUCUAAUUGGCAAGGGCUUAAAUGAUUAUCUUGAACGGAAACGGCAAUGCUUUCCCAGGUUCUUCUUUCUGUCAAACUCGGAAUUACUUGAAAUCUUGUCAGAAACCAAGGAUCCCACCCGUGUUCAAGUGCAUCUGAGAAAAUGCUUUGAGGGCAUUGCCACUCUUGAGUUUGAUGAGCACAUGCAAGUCACCAACAUUAAGUCGGCCUUUGGAGAAACAAUUCCUCUCACAAACAAGAUUUCAACGGUCAAAGCACGGGGUCAAGUGGACAAGUGGUUAUUGGAACUGGAAAUCCAAAUGAGGACCAGCUUGAAGAAGCAAAUCACGGGUGCCUUCGAAGAAUAUACUCCCUCCAUUUUGCAAUCCAUUGUGUCCAAAUUCCCCAAUCAAGCCAUCAUUUGCGCAAACAGCAUUUUUUGGACCAGCAAGAUUCAUUUGGCAUUGGAAUCGCCAGACAAUGGGGCUCUCCACACGCUCUUGAGUGACAGUCAAACCUUCACCCAAGCUCUUUCAGAUAUGAUCUUGCAAGAGUCCAAUCCCGUGUUUUCUAGGAUUUAUAGCAAUCUUCUACUCUCUCAAGGAUACUCCGAGUCCAUCAUUACCAACCUCCUUGAGGACGAAAUCCUAUCCGUGAGCGAUUUUGUAUGGAUCUCAAAGAUUCGGUAUUAUGUCGUGGAUAAUGCGAUUGAGCUUCAUAUGAUGUCCUGUAAGGUGCCUUAUGGGUAUGAGUAUCUGAGUGCCUACACAAAGCUAGUAAUGACACCACUGACAGAGAGAUGCUACCAGAUUCUACUCAUGGCCCUCGAUAUGAACAAAGGCGGCCUGGUUUCAGGAGAGACGGCCACGGGCAAGACUGAGUCCAUCAAGGACUUGGCAAAGGCUGUGGCGAAACAAUGCGUGGGAUUCAAUUGCUCCGAAGACUUUCAUUACCGAGCUUUUUCCAAGUUCGUCAAGGGCCUUGCCUCAUGUGGGGCCUGGUCAUGUUUUGACGAGUUUCAUCGAGUAGACGGACAAGUUCUGUCUGUGAUUGCUCAACAAAUUCUCAUAGUCCAAAGAGCCUUGGUGUCCGAUCGGCUGCAAAUUAAUUUUGAAGGCUCGGAAUUGAAGAUUCUAAAAGGAUGCGCCAUCUUUGUGACUGCAGAUUCUCUUCAGAACGAAGGGGGCAACAUUCCUGACAAUGUCAAAGUUUUGUUCCGCCCAGUCACCAUGUUCAGUCCGGAUUUUGCCAUGAUUGCCGAACACACUCUCAGAUCUCAGGGGUUCAAAGAGUGCCAAGAGCUGGCCAAGAAAUUGGCCUCCAUGGUUGAAUUGUGUGAUGGCCUUCUGUCGUCUCAGCCGCAUUACGAGUUUGGCCUUCGAUCCAUCAUCUCGAUCUUGAGAUCGGCUGGUGAACUGAAAAAGAUCAGUCAAGAUGAAGACGAGCAUUACCUCAUAAGCAAGGCACUUCAAACCGUGAAGUAUUGUGAGUUGCUCCCACAGGAUCAGAAAAUGUUCCGCGACAUUCUCACGCAUCUCUUUCACCAAUGUCCUCCCGACCCGUUGCCGGAUGAUAUGCUCAAGAACGCCAUCAUUGCGCAAUGCAGCGCAAACAACCUGGAGGGAACCGCAUAUUUCCUGUCCAAAGUUCAACAGUUGUACGAUAUGAUGGAUCUUUCGGAAGGUGUCAUGCUUCUCGGUGAACCAUUUGGAGGCAAAACAAUGGCCUGGAAAAUCUUAGCCGCAUCCCUGAAAUCUGUUCAAAUGGCCAAAUCCCAACCCACCCCUGCUUGCGUGGUCUUGAAUCCCAAAGCUAUCAAGAUUGAUCAGUUGUACGGGUACUUUGAGAAUGACGAGUGGCGAGAUGGGAUCUUGGCUAAGAACUUCCGACAGUUUGCCUCCAUGCCCAAAAAUCAAAGGAAAUGGCUGAUCUUUGAUGGACCAGUAGACUCUGAGUGGAUUGAAAACAUGAACACGGUUCUGGAUGAGAACAAGAAGCUCUGCUUGAUGUCUGGUGAGAUCAUCCCCUUGCCUGAUAAUACUAACCUCAUUUUUGAGGCCACAGACGUGGAGUCUGCUUCUCCCGCCACCAUCAGCAGAUGCGGAGUGCUCUACAUGGAUCCGAAAUGUCUGGAUUGGAACCUCAUCGUUCGAGCGUGGAUCCGCAAGUUCCCCAAAUUCAUUCCAGAGUCAAUUCGAACAAAGUUGUCAAGUAUGUUCCAGAGGUUCUGUACACCUUUGUUAAAACUGGUGUCUCGGUUCUCAACACUCAAGACUGCUCCACAUCAUCUCAUAACCUCGCUUAUCAACUUGAUCGAUUGCUUUUUGGACAAGAUGAUCAAAGGCUCGGAACUCAAAGGAAUGUCCGAACAUGAACAGACGCCAUUGUUUGAAGGCUUGUUCUUCUUCUCUUGCAUCUGGUCCAUUGGAGGGGUCUGUGACACGGAGGCCAAGGCCAAAUUUGACGUCUUGUUCAGGGAGCUCCUUCGAGGGGUAUUUUCCGAGAGCUCUCAAAAGCUCUUUGACAUCGGACCAGAGACAUCGGCACCCACAAAGCCAUACGCAUUUCCCUUACCUUCGAAGGGAUCUGUGUUCGACUACAAACUCACAAUUGGAACCAAACCCGAUUGGUCCUUGUGGGAAGAAGAUGUGGACACGUCAUUGCCUCUGCCCAGGGAUAUCUUUGCCUGUCAGUUGGUCAUUCCUAAUCCCGAAUACGCCAAGUAUCAAGCCCUGAUGACACUUCUUGUGGAGAACUGCAAGCCUUUUCUAUUAGUUGGCUCUCCCGGCACCGGCAAGUCAGUAUACUUCAGAGAUCUCCUUCACAGGAAAUUGGACAGCGACAAAUUCGCGUCGGUGAGCUUGUUCUUCACAAGCAACACUACGGCCUACCAUACACAAGAAACAAUUAUGAGCAAACUGGAUAAAAGACGCAAAGGUGUCUAUGGCCCACCUUUGGGCAAGAUGUUCAUUGUUCAUGUGGACGACUUGAAUCUUCCCGCCAAAGACGACGUGGGUUGUCAGCCUCCCGUCGAGAUCCUCAGGCAGUUACUGGACCAUCAAACAUGGUACGACAACAAGGAACUCUUCCCCAUGAAACUCAUUGAGAUGCAAGUGUCUGGGGCGUUGAGACCUCCGGACGGGAGUUCCAAGAGCCUUUCCAAUCGGUUUAUUCGUCACUUCAAUGUUGUGAAUGUGGAUCAGAUCAAUGAUGACGUGGCCGUUAGUAUCUUUAGCCGGAUCGUCCUCUGGCAUCUGGACACCCGAGGGUUCAGUAAAGAGUUUGAUCCAUGCAUCGAUCAGAUUGUGAAGGCAACUUUGGAUAUCCACAAGUAUGCCACGUGCAAACUCUUGCCAACUCCUUACCAUCCACAUUAUAUCUUCAGUUUGAAGGAGUUUUCCCGAGUCAUUUCCGGUGUGCUUCUUUCCGUUCCGGAAACCAUGUUGGAUCUGAAUGCCAUGAAACGCUUGUGGAUCCAUGAAACCAUGCGAAUCUACUACGAUCGACUCUCCUACGGACCAGAUCGAGAGUCUUUCCUCACGUCAGUCAAGAGCAUUUGCAUGGAUAAGCUGAAGGUACCCUUUGAUGAGAUUUGCAAUCGGUUUGCAACGUCCCCAGAUGGAGUGGUGACCGAAAAUGAUCUAAGGAAACUCCUCUUUUGUGAUUUUAAUGAAGAAAAGAACGAUGACCGAUUUUACAAGGAAGUCACAGAUAUCAACGAGUUCCGGAAGGUGGCCAUGUUGGUCUUGGAUAAGCACAAUGCGGUGAGUCGGAAGCCCAUGAAUUUGGUGCUCUUUGAUUUUGCUUUGGAACAUCUCUGUCGAAUAUCCAGGAUCCUCAAACAGCCAGAGAGUCACACCAUGCUUGUAGGGGUUGGAGGAUCUGGACGACAAUCUUUGGCCAGGCUCGCUGCUUAUGUGGCUGGUCAUGAGUUCCACGAAGUGGAAAUGUCGAAAGACUAUGAUCUUCCAGAUUGGAGACUGGACCUUAAAGCUAUUCUGAAGAAGGUGACCAAAAGUGUGUGCCAUCAUGUGCUUUUUGUCUAUGACAACCAAAUGACCAAUGAACAAUUUAUCCAAGACCUCAACGACAUCCUGCUUUCGGGAGAAAUACCAAAUCUGUUCAAUAACGACGAAAAAUUAGAAGUGAUUGAAAAUAUGCGUAAUAUGGAAAAACACCUGGACAAAUAUCUUCACACAGACGGAAGUGGGCCUGCUCUGUUCAAUCUUUUCAUACGUCGAGUCAAGGAAUUCGUCCACAUUGUCUUCGCCAUGAGUCCAUUUUCAAACUCGUUCAAAGAUUACAUUGCCAGGUUCCCAGCACUAUUGAAUUGUUGCACCAUCAAUUGGGUGCAUCAAUGGCCCAAUGAUGCCCUCAACUUUGUCUCCAGAAAGUCAUUGAGUGGUACCACACUGGAUGAGGUGGAAACUGACCGUUGUGUGGAACUGUGUGAGUUCCUGCAUAACUCGACCAUUAAUCUUUCGAAAAUUGUCCGCAAGCGCCAUAACUUAUUCAAUUACGUCACCCCAGCCUCAUUCCUGGAACUGAACAGUCUCUUCACGGCCUUGCUGAAGCAAUACCGCCAGAGAGUCCACGAAACCAAGCGGAUGUACGAGGUCAGCUUAGAAAAGCUCAAAGGUGCUGAGGCCCAAGUGUCCGUUAUGCAGGAGGAAAUGGCAGCCAUUCAACCCAAUCUAACGGAAUCCUCCAAAGAGGUGGACGCCAUCAUGGCUAUCGUGGAAAAGGAACAGCUCGAGGUCAACGAGAUGGAAAAGGUGGUGAAGGCCGAGGACGCAAUGGUGGCCGAGAAGAAGGCAUUAGUUGAUUCAAUUUCUGCCAACAUAGAGUCGGAAUUCAACGAGGUGAACGCGAUUUUUGAGCCAGCCAUCGACACAUUGGCCGCAUUGGGCCCCAAUGAACUGGCAGCCUUACGAGGGGUCAAGUCGCCCGUGAUGUGUCUCAGACUUAUUAUGGAGGCCAUCGCCAUUGUGAAAGGUAUUAAACCUGAUAGGGUUCCCGACGGAGGCACUGGCAGCAAGAUGAUUGACGACUAUUGGAUUCCAACGAAAAGGCUACUGGCAGACCCCAAGUUUAUCGAAAACCUGUGCACAUUCGAUAAAGACAGCUUUACAUCCAAGACUGCUAAACUUGUCCGAGAAAAGUACAUUGGUAAUCCAGAGAUGAAUCCGGAGAAAGCAAAGAACAUUCCAAGUGCCAUUGAGACGGCCGUCAGAGGCCUGUACAUGUGGCUUAUGGGCAUGGAUAUGUUCGAAAAGGUGUCCAGAUCCGUGGCCCCAAAGAAAGAGAAUCUUCAACGAGGCGAAGUGGACUACCACGAGGCAUUGGAUCAACUAAACACCAAGAAGCAGGCCUUUAAAGAGGCCAGUGAUAAGCUCAAAAAUAUCAAUGACACCUUGCACGUGAAAAAACAGAAAAAGGCCGAGCUUGAGAAUGAAGUGGACCUGUGCAGUCGGAAACUGGAACGAGCCGAACAACUCAUAACUGGGUUUGGAGGCGAGCGUGAAAAGUGGGCGAGCAUGUCGAAGACAAUGCAAACGAAGCUCAAUCAGUUGGUUGGAGACAUGCUAUUGGCAGCCGGGACAGUGGCUUAUCUGGGAGCCUUUCCAAAUGAGGAACGGCAAAUCCAGAUCAAAGAGUGGCAGGAAAAGGCCAUCGAGUUGGGCAUUGUCUUUAGCGAGGAUUGGAGUCUUCGAACAGUGUUGGGCAAUGAGAUCACAAUCCAGAAUUGGUUGAUAAAUGGCUUACUCAUGGACGAGUUUUCAACCGACAAUGGGAUCAUAUUAACCGAAGCAAGGCGAUGGGUAUUGAUGGUCGAUCCAGAAGGUAUAGCCAAUCGCUGGAUCAAGACAUCCGAGAAGGCCAAAGGGCUCAAUGUUCUCAAACAGUCUGACAAAGACUUCCUUCGAACUUUGGAAAAUUGCAUCCAGUUUGGAAAUCCCGUUCUUCUUGAGAAUGUGGGUGACUACCUUGAUCCUGCAUUGGAGCCUUUACUUCAGAAACAAACUUUCCAACAGGGAGGAUCAGUAUGCAUUAAAUUGGGCGAAUCCACCAUUGAAUACUCUAAAGAUUUCAAGAUGUACAUCACGACCACGUUACGAAACCCACAUUUCCCGCCUGAGACCAAUGCCAAGAUUACCAUGGUGAAUUUCUCCAUCACGAAGGAAGGAUUGGUGGACCAACUGCUUGGGAUCAUUGUGGCGCGAGAGAGACCGGAAUUAGAAGAGGAACGAAGUCAGGUGAACACCCAGAUCAAUGAGAAUAAGAAGAACCUGGAAGACAUUGAGCACAAGAUUCUCGAUGUCCUGUACACUUCCAAAGGAAAUAUCUUGGAGGACGAGAACGCCAUCAAGAACCUGAGCUCCUCCAAGGUCUUGGCUAAUGAGAUUAUGGAGAAGCAACACAUUUCAUUCGCCACCUUCAAGAGGAUCAAGGAAAACCGACAAGAGUAUCUGAACUUAACCAACUACGCCGUCAUGCUCUAUUUCACAAUCACCAAGCUCUCAUUCAUCAACAAUAUGUAUCAGUACAGCCUCUCCUGGUUCAUCAAUCUCUUCUGCACAUCCAUUGACGUGGCUGAUAAAUCCGAGGAACUCAGUGAUCGUCUCCAGAACAUUCAGAACCAUUUUCUCAAAGCUCUUUUUGCCAACACGGCGGUGGGCCUGUUUGAGAAGGACAAGAUCAUCUUCUCGUUCCUUCUUUGCUGCCAAUUGGCCAAGAAUGCCAAUGGUAUCAUUGGUUCCACUUUGUGGCAUCUCUUGAUGAAAUAUGAGCCUGAACUCCUAUGGGAGGGCCAAUGCGAUGGAAUCCCUAUGUUGGUGCGUAAUCGACUUGAGAGCCUGUCUGAAAUCCCUGUUUACCAAAGUUGCUUAGCGAAGGUGUCCGAAAUCGACACAGACCCAUUAUGGUUGGAUUUAUGGUCGUCUCCGGUUCCAAAUAUGGAUGACCCGGCAUUCAAGAAACUCUCCUCUUUUGAGCGGUUGGUUCUUUUGUGCCAUUUUAGAUCGGACAAGAUCAUUCGCUUCAUGAGACAGUUCGUCAGAGACGUCUUGGGUAAUGACUUUGUGGGCGAAGAACCGCUGGACGUGACAAGGGUAUUCGGAGAAUCCAUUGCAGCCACGCCUUUGAUAUUUCUUUUGGGUAAGGAAGUGGACCCUUUGAAGUACAUCCUGCGAUUUUCCGAGGAAAUGGGGUUCACAGGGAAGAAGCUAAAAAUGGUGACCUUGGGGAAAGGCCAGGAGGAAAAAGCUCGGGACAUGAUCAAGGAGAGUUAUCAUAGCUCCACGUGGGUUGUGCUGUUAAAUUGCCACAUGGUUCCCCAAUGGAUGGAUGAUUUGGAAUAUCUCGUUGAUGACUUGAAUUCCGAGAACACCAACCCCGACUUUCGAUUAUGGAUCACGACCCGGCCUCAUGAGGAAUUUUCUGUUCCGACCCUACAAUCCGGGAUCAAAAUCGCCUUGGAAGAGCCUCCAUCCGUCAAAACGAAUAUGAUCCGACACUUGUACCCGGACAAAGUGUUCUCGGGAGUCUUCAAUGCCAGUUCUGAUUCAUUUAAAAGAAUAUGCUUCGGAUUGGCCAUGUUCCAUGCUAUCAUUAAUGAGCGCCGGUCCUAUAUUAAUUGUGGGUGGAAUCAACAGUACAACUUCAGCGAGCCUGACUAUGACGUGAUGAUCCACCAACUGCAAACCGAAUCUAUACAGUCUACUGACAGUCUUCACUAUUUGCUUUCCAACUUGACUUACGGAGGUCGAAUGGAGGACGAGCUAGACAUGAGGACCCUAGAGACGAUUGUUAAGUUGGUGUGUUCUGAGGAACUCUGGGAGAAGGAUAUGAUCUUUGAUGCCAAUGGUAUUUAUCACACCAAGGCCCUAGAGGAUCAUGAGACCCUCAUGAAUUAUCUUGCCACGCUUCCGAUGGAUGUAUCUUAUAACCUCAUGCACAUGAGUGAGGUGAAUCAUCGAAACAAAGAGGAACAGAGUGGCUUAUACUUUAUUCGAACCUUGAAAAAAAUCUUCGGUCAUCAGGGAGAUCAGGGACAAUCCGAGUUCGAGGAGGACUAUUUAGAUACGUUGAGAAGGAAAAUCGUAUCCAUUGUAGAGGGCCUGCCCAAGGUCUUUGAUCUGAUUGACGACCAUCAAGACAUUCUUCCUUUGGUUUUGGACCAAGAGCUCCAAAAGUUCAAUACCUUGAUCGAAACCAUAACCGAAUCGCUGGCCAGUGCUCUCAAAGGGAUCGACGGUCUCAGCCUGAUCAGUGACGAGGUCAAUCUAAUCAUUGAGUCCAUUCAAGCAGGAGACAUUCCGUCCUGUUGGGAAAGCGUCAUGUAUCCAAGCAUCGAAGAUCUGGAAGGCUUCCUCAACGAUCUCGUGGCCCGGACCACAUUUCUCCGGUCUUGGCAGGACAACGGCCUUCCCACAAACUUCUGGUUGGCGGCCUUGUUCGAACCGGGAGACUUUCUGAUUGCUAUCUUGUACAUAAAGAGCCUUGAAUGCGGCAAGCCUUUUCACGAACUCACGCUGGAGUGCUGUUUCGACCUUGAAGGUCCAGGGAUACUCAUUCGAGAUCUGUACUUGGUUGGAGCAGGCUGGGAUGCCGAAAAUAAUCUGUUGGUGGAAGCCAAUCGAGAUGAGAUCUACUCUCAAAUGCCAAUCAUACGAUUGGUCCCCAUUCACGAGGAUGAUUUAGACGAGAACAACAAAUUUGCAUGUCCAUUAUUCCAAAACUCCGAGAGAAGCGGCGAUGAGAACUUUAUUAUUGACCUUCAACUUCCAACUUUGAUCCACUCCGAAACCUGGAUUCUACGAGGAACAGCCUUACUCUGUCAAAGACCCAUAGAGUAAACUAUCACAUUGUUAGCCGCUGUCUCAUUCAAUUGCACUUUUUUUCAUCACAAUAAAAAAGCAGGAGAUUA